GCGGUCCUACUAAACGUCACUAGUCCGUUAUUCAGUUUGAAGUUUUGAACUGGUUUUACCGCUUCGUGCAAAGUUACGUUCAGACCUGAUAUUUCCUUGUAAACCGUAAUAUUUUCGACGAAUAACAAAUAGUAAGCAUAACUAUAAUAACAUGUUGUGCUGGUAAUUUCAAAUUCAUCUGUUUAAUUACCACGUUUUUCUUACAAUGGCAGCUCCAGCCAAAAUGCCGGUCGAAAAUCACGAAAGUCGUAUGAAAUCUUUCAAGAAUAGAGGAAAAGAUCAAGAUGAGAUGAGAAGGAGGCGAACCGAAGUUAGUGUUGAACUACGAAAAGCUAAAAAAGAUGAUCAACUUGCGAAACGGAGAAAUAUGACUUCUGAUGACGAAGCUACAUCUCCGAUUAAAACAACCACCCGUCAACUCAGUAUUGAGGAAAUAGUUCAAAAACUGCAAAGUCAGGAUCAUCAGAAACAAUUUGAGGCUGUUCAAAGUGCGAGAAAAAUGCUUUCAAAGGAACGUAAUCCACCGAUUGAAAGCGUCAUAAACGCAGGGAUUUUGCCUCAGUUUAUAAGGCUAUUAAACGAUAGUGAAGAAGAGAUGCAAUUCGAGGCCGCAUGGGUAUUAACAAAUGUAGCAAGUGGAAAUUCGGAGCAAACAAUGGCUGUUGUUAAAGCCGGCGCUAUUGAACCAUUUGUAAAGUUGCUUACGAGUACCAAUUCAAAUGUGUGUGAGCAGGCUGUUUGGGCUUUAGGAAACAUUGCAGGAGAUGGCUCAGAAAUGAGAGAUCGUGUAUUGAAAGUUGGUGUGCUUCGCCCUUUAAUGAUGCUUAUUCGUCCUGAUACUCCAGUUUCUUUCUUAAGGAACGUUGCCUGGACAUUGAGUAAUCUCUGUAGGAAUAAAAAUCCUCAUCCCCCAGCUGACGCCGUCAAACAAAUGCUUCCUGCCUUAUUACACUUAUUGCAACACCACGACACUGAGGUUCUAAGUGAUAGCUGCUGGGCUAUAAGCUACCUAACCGACGGAUCAAAUGAUAAAAUUCAAACGGUGAUAGAAACAGGUAUUGUUUCUAGAUUAGUAGAGUUACUUAAGCAUAGUGAAGUAUCGAUUAUAACUCCCGCUCUCAGAGCAUGUGGAAAUAUAGUUACUGGAGAUGACGCACAAACACAGGUUAUAAUUGAUUCAGGAGCCCUGGACAUAUUUAGUGCUCUGCUACGCCACUCAAAACCGAACAUUCAAAAAGAAUCAGCAUGGGCCAUUUCCAAUGUCACGGCUGGAAAUGUUAACCAAAUCCAGGCAGUUAUAGAUGCAGGCCUAAUACCCCAACUUAUAGAAGUUUUGAAAGAAGGAGAUUUUAAAACACAAAAGGAGGCUGCAUGGGCAAUAACAAAUAUGACAUCGGGUGGGUCAAAUCAACAGAUUCUUUUUGCGGUUAAAUUGAACUGUGUGCCCAGUUUGUGUGGAAUUCUGAAAACAAAAGAACCGAAAAUGAUUCUGGUCAUUUUGGAAGCCCUCUAUAAUAUUUUACAGCUUGCCAGUAAAGAAAGUUGUUUGGACAUAGUAACUUUACAAAUUGAGGAAUGUGAAGGUUUAGAUUUAAUAGAAAAACUGCAGGAGCAUGAGAACGGACAGGUAUAUAAUAUGGCUCUACAAAUUAUUGAAACAUUUUUUGGAGAUGAUGCAGAGAUUCAAGAGGAAGACUUAGUUCCUGAUUCUAAAGAAAAUCACAUGCUCCAUGUUCUAUGUCGAAAUAAUGCGCGCAGAAUAGCCCACUCAUGUUUACUCCCACAAAUAAAGAUACCUGUUAGUCCGAGCACAAGUGUGGUUGGUUUCAAUGGUGUUCGUGAUUCAGCUGGCCAAAAAUAUCAUCGAGUAUAUAAAUUCCCAUAUAUCACUUACUUACGAGCUCUAUCUCGAUUGAAAAUUUUUCAAACUGGUGUAACAGUAUGUAUUCUUCCAGUCACUUGGUAUCAGCAUUCUCAAGAAAUUAUACAGAGCGAAAUGUUUUAUUAUGGUUCAGGUGUCGCAGCUUUGGCGUGUAUCAUGCUAUAUGUAAUAUCAGUGUAUCUUAGAAGGGUCAUUGGAUUGGUAGAUAUAGAUGAAACAAAAAAUUUUGCCCGUAUAUCACACUUGACUUUCUGGGGGAAUAAAAAGGAACAGAUUGUCGCAAUUAGUAAUAUUGAACCAGUAACCGAUACUAACCAGAAAGUAUAUGACAUCUUUUGCGAGAUAAAAACUUAUGACUAUAAGCAUCUUUGCUGUACACAUGAAUUUAUCAUUCUAAGUAGCUUCCGGUAUGCUGGUGGCGCCUCUAUUUCCCAAUUUGCAUUAGGUGGAGUUUGCUAUUACCUAGUACAAAGUACAAUGUCAAAUCUGACAGAUUAUUCGAAUUUGCUUCACCCAUGUGAUUUGAAAGCCCUUUGUAAAAUGUGGUUAUCAGAGGACAUAUCGGGCUUUGAUCACGGCGGUUUCGUUGUUGGUGAAGCAGAAGAAACAGGAGUGUUGAUUUGUAAAAGUGAGGGAGUUUUAGCAGGUAUACCAUUCUGCUCAGCCAUUUUUAAAGAAUUAAAUUGUGAGGUCGAGUGGCAUUUUCAAGAGGGAAGCAGGUUAGCUGGCCUUGGAGAAACAGUGGCUACCGCAACUGGACCUGUGAGAUGUUUAUUAUUAGCUGAAAGAGUUGUUUUAAAUUGCAUAAGUCGGGCCAGUGGAAUAGCCACUAAAGCUGCUAAUCUAAAAAAAUUGGCUUCUGACCAUCUCUGGCAUGGAGAAAUUGUUGGUACAAGAAAAACAACUCCUGGAUUUCGUCUGGUAGAAAAGUAUUCAUUAUUGGUUGGAGGUGCUGGGACACAUAGGUUCAAUUUAUCCGAUUUGGUAAUGUUGAAGGACAAUCAUAUUUGGACUGUCGGCUCAGUUGCGCAAGCUGUUAAAAAGGCCAAAUUGUCUGUUGGAUUCACUCGUAAAAUCGAGGUUGAAUGUCGCAGCUUGGAAGAGUCCAUUGAAGCUCUUACAGCAGGGGCCGAUGUUAUCAUGUUGGAUAAUUUAAAAGGCCAGGUUGUCUUAAAAAAUAGAGUACACGUUACAUUGAUUAAUUUUGAUAUUAUCAUUCAGGUUCUUUACGAUAUUGCUAAAGUUAUCAAAAAAAAGUUUCCACACUCAUGCCUCGAAGCCAGUGGAGGAGUCGAUGAGCAUAACUUGAAAGACUACUUUAAUCCAUAUAUUGACAUCAUUUCGGCUGGAUCGUUAACUCAUAGCUACAAUAUAAUUGAUUUUUCAUUUAAAAUAUCAAAGCUUGGUCAUGACCCUAAAAAUCCAAUAAUAGGAUAA